UUUAGUUUAAAUUUGCAGCGUUGUUACUUAAUGCAGGCAGCUGACGGUCAUCCAGUUUGCCAGAAAGAAACUGCGCACGAUCGCAUUCAGAAAUACAGCCAAAGAAAAGAAGUUACAGUUUCCUGAACGCUCCCGAGAACGACUGCGGAAAAUCCGCCCGCCUUUGGUGAGAAGGAGCGAAGGAGAACUACAGCUCCCAGCAGCCUGCCGGCAGCCGGGGAAGGGCAGAGUUCACUGUCACGUUGACAGUGGAGGACUAAGGGUGUGCGUCGGGUGCCGGGGCUGUCCGGCCCCCAGCGGAGCCGAAAGGCCUCUGGGAAGGGCAAGUGGAGUGGCCAGCGCUGGCCUCCUCCUGCCGCCCCUGCUUCACUUCGGCGCCCUGAGCAGCUCCGAACCUGCCCGGGUUUAUGGGCAUUUAAUAGCAACUCCCAAGACCUAGACAGGAUGGUGUCUGUGAGGAGGGUAGGAUUUGAUCAGCCACUCAGACAGCAGGGAGAUACGUCUUCUUAUGACCAAAGAAGAAAGUGAAACAAAACGGUGCAGAAGCCAGAGCUCCAGGGAAGAAAGAAAAUGGAAGAGAAUCCAAGUGUGGAUCUCUCUGGAGCAGGGCCAGCCCAGGAUGAGGAUCAGAGCACAGCAGGGCAUCCUGUCCACCAAGAGCCCACCCAAGAAACACUUGAGCACCAAGUGGCAAGCAGGUGGCCUGAGACCUCCUGCAAACUAGAGGAGGACUCUUCAGUAUGUAAAUCACCAACUCCUGAUGGAGACACAACACUGUCUGAUUUAGCUGGCCCCACAGCAGAGAAGGUUAACCAGGAAGCUGAAAUAGCACUGGAAGAAUCUGGGAAAACAAGUGAUGGUGUCUCCAAAAGAUGCCAGGAAGAAGAUGACUUGGAUGAAGCCAAGCUGGCCCAUGAUAAAAUGGACAGCAAAGGAGACAGCCCUGUACAGCAGGAAACAUGGGAGGACCAGGAGAUAAGCAGGCAAUGUGAAAGCUCCUACACAGCAGAGGAAGAUGCUUCAUCAAGAAGCAAGUCACUAAGCUCUGACAGUAAAGUGACACAUUUGUCUGUGACUGCCACAGAAGAUAUCACAAAGGACCCCUUGCCAGAGAAGAGCACCAGUGCUCCUCUCUUAGAUCAGGAGCCAGAAGAGAACAUGGAGCAAGAAACACAGGAAAAUGGAUCCCAAGGCAUGUUAAGGAACAGACAUGGGAUGAAAGGGCACACAUCUCCAAAGCCAGAGGCUCAGUCCUGCUUGGAGAAUAUCACCACCCAAAACACAGACCAGGAGAAGGCAAAAAAGUCCCUCUUCCUGAAAGGUGAGGAAAAGAAGCUUCCCUUGCAUGUUACUCAUCGACUGGAAGGCCCUGAUCCUCCAGGAACAAGGCUUAUCACCUUGAGCCUUCUAUUGCUUGGUCUCUGCCUACUCUGCUUCAGCAACCCAACCUCCAGUUCCCAGCAAGCCCCCAAGAACCCCACAGUGGAGGCAUUCCUGUUGCAGUUCAACCAGCUGCAGGAGAGGUUUCCGGGGCAGAGUCCUCAACUCUGGCUUCGUGGGCGCAAGUUCCUGCAGAAGCACCUCAAUGCAUCUCACCACACGCAGCCAGCCAUCAUUAUCUUUACAGCUGCCCGCAAGGGUGAGCAGACCUUGCGAUGCCUUAGCACCCAUGUGGCUGACACCUACUCGGCUGCCCUACAUGGCAGCACGGUCCAGAUUGAUGGCAUGGGGAAAUCCAGGCUCCAGAGUGACAAGGCCAAGCUGGAGGUGGACAUGGAGCUGAGCUCAGCUUUCCAGGCUAGGAGCCAUGCUGCAGUGAUCCACCGCUUUGAGUUGCUGCCGGCAGGGGCCACCCUCAUUUUCUACAAAUAUUGUGACCAUGAAAGUGCUGCUUUCAAGGACGUGGCCCUGCUGCUGACUGUGCUGCUGGAGGAGGAGACGCUGGAGACCCACAUCAGCCUCCAGCAGGCGGAGGAGAGUGUCCGCGACUUCCUCUGGGCCAAGUUCAUUGACACCAGGACCCCCAGCUCCCAUGACCACAUGGACUCUGACAAGUUCAGUGGGCUGUGGAGCCGCAUCUCCCACCUGGUCCUACCUAUCUACCCAGUGCAGGCCAUCGAGAAGGGAGGCUGCCAGGUCCACACCAAACCCUAGGGGCAGAGGCUGCCAGAGCCCCAGAGGAGGGUUGGACAAUGGUCCUGUCAGCUCUGGUGGAGGCAUACACAAACAGUGCUAUUUCUUUUCAAUUUGUUUCUUGCAUCUUCCUGGAAAGAGUUUGACAGGUAUAAGUUGAUUCAGGCUGUUUGCCAGCCUGGAGAUGAUAGAUUGCACACUUCCUUCUGGCAGAUGGGAAGAGUGGGUACUCUAGACUGCUAAUUGCACAGGAGAACAUUGCUGUGUGGGGAGGCAGGAGGGAAAACAGGACUUUGCAGGUAGCAUUUCUAUCAGAAGAUACACAAAUAACAUACACAACUAGUAUUCCAGAAAGAUACUUCAGUAUCUCUUUCAUUUC